UCUCGGGGGCGGGACCCGAGAAGGCCGCGCUCCGCCCCGAAACAGGGCGGAAGAGCGGCUACAGCUGUGGUCCGCGCGCGGCGGGGUGCUACAGGUGUGUGGCCCCACUCCCGGGCCGACUUCCUUUGCAGCCUUCCAGUGUGACCGUCCCGGACCUGGGGAGGGGCGCCGGCCCCUAUCCCGCAUCCCUGGCCUGCGUCCAUGGGGCUGCGGCGCCGAAGUCUCCCUUCCUUCCUGACCCCUCCCCACCCUGCUCCCAGGGGCUAGGCCCCUCUGACCUUGUUCCCGUAGAGCCGCUGGCCGGGGGCACGGGUUUGGGUGACAGUGAGCAUCCCGCGGGGAGGCAGAGCGAUGAGGACCCACAGAGCUCCUGGGCUGGAGGUAGUGGGCGCUGGAGCCCUGCUGGUGGGGGGGCGCCCCGAGGCUACGGGGACCAAGCUCCAGGCUCUUUGAGAAGCCCUUCUGAACUAUGGCGCCCAGGCCCAGGCCUUCGACUGGCCAAGUGGGUUGGAGUCCCUCCCCCACCCCCGUUUUGUCCGGAGGGAGAAACUCAAGCCCACCCGGAGAGCUUGAGGUGGGUGGGGGGCCCUGCCUGCCCAGGCACAGAGGUGGAAGGUGUGAGUGAUCGUGACAGGUGGCACAGGCUGGCGUGCUCCACAUUGUCAUGGGCAGAGGGAAUGAAUGUCCCCUGGGCUCUGAGGUGGGUCUCUACUGCCCAGGGGCUGUGGAAAUGGGCUGGAGAAGUUUGAGUGCCAGCCUCUGAGGUCUCCAGGGUUCAGCACCACUCCUUGUUUUGUUUCUCAUCACCAGUUUCAGUUCCCCCAAGUCAGCUCAGGACCCCACUCCCUGCCAUCUUGGGACAGCCCCCGCAGCCACUCUGGGCUCCCCACAGGACACUAGUGCCCCAAAUACCCACAGAUCAAGACGGCUAGGCCAGGGCUACAGGAUCCUGUGUGGGGUCUCCCUGGAGUCUGCUGGUAAUAAACGGCCCCUCCCCUCCUGGGUGUCUGUAGCCAGGGCAACAGUAUAGAACGCUUCCCUCCUCAGGCCUGCUAGGAGGUCAGGCCUCAGGCUGGACAGAGGGCAUAAAGAAGACAGCAGAGAAAGUGGGCACGCUGGGGGUCACGUAUGGCCGGCAGUCCCAGGUCCUGGCCAUCUCCUUGGGCCUUCUCAGAGAAGGACCCCUGUGACCUGGCUGUGCUGCCUAGUCUUCUCUGACAGAGGAGAACCCGAUGGCAUCUGGGAUGCAGGGCAGACUUGGCCCUGCCGCCCCUCCCAGCUCCCCACAAACUUCUAGUAUGGCCCCUGAGCCUGGCCAGGCGUCUGAAGAGGAACAGGUGCUCCUGGCCCUAGCAGGAGAAGAGCCAGCAGGCAAUGACUCAAGGCCUCCAGCCACCAUACCUACAGACACCAUGGCUUCCUUGUGCUCCGGAAAUACCUGGCCCCCUUCCACAGGGGCGGACCCAAGCAGCACACAGUUGGGCCCUGAAGCCCUGGACCCCUGUACCUUACGGCUGCUGUGGGAGCAGCGAGAACUGGAGAUCCAGGCCCUGCGUUGGGCCGUCCGGCACGGCCAGCAUGCCCGGCACCAGUACAUCCUGCAGGAGGUGGCAGGACUCCCACCUGAGAGGAGCUCCCACAGUCAGGAUGCAUUCCUGCAGAACCAGGUCCAAAAGCUGACUCUGGAGCUGAGAGCACAAAAGGAACAAGCCCAACUGGAGAGGGAGCGCUUGGAGGCCCAGCUGGCACAGACCACAGACAAGCUGCAGCAGCUGGAGGCUGAGCUGCAGGCCUUCCAGAAGUCCUGCCUCCUGCAUCUGGCCCAGUCCUCCUGGGUAGGGCGCAUCCUGCGGUCACAGACUGGCAGUGUGGAGGCUCCUAGGCAGCCCGAGAAUCUUCUGGCCUACUGCCCCACCCACCCAACACAAAUUGCUGGGAAGGUGAUCACUGCAGAGACUCUAAUAGAGUCCGGGGACUCCUCUGAGGACAGUCAGGAGCCCACUGCUGGGGAGGGCUUCCGGCUGGAGGAUGUGGAUUGGAACAGCAUUGCUCAGCGGUACCCCAACCUCCUCAGCAGCAUCCAUUCCAGCUUAGAUCGAAAGCAGCCCCAGCUGCCCUCAGAGCUGGACUCGCCGGGCUCAGACUCCCCCCGAAAGUUUGUGGAGAGGCAGCACAAGAGCCUGGAGUGGAGCACUCUGCCCUGCGCAGGCACCAGUAGCUCUGGGGGUGCCGACUUGGACUCCAGCAGCUGCCAGCUGUUCCUGCAUCCCCGGGUGCAGAGGGUGAUAGGGCACCCACCACCAGCAGCAGACACAGCCUCCUGCGAGCAGAGAGCUGUGUUGGCAAAGAGAUUCAGCAGAGACUCUGAAGAUAUCCAGAGAUCUGGUUCCUACCCGUUCGGCCAGACCUCGCCGGAGCCCCUCGCAGACCUCUGCCACCCUGGCACCGGGCACACGGCGAGCCCGCCCGGCAGCAUCCUGCAGAUCGUGGCUGUGAGCCGCCGGGAGAAGUUCGUGCGCAUCCUCAACCGCUCGUCGCAGGACACCGCAGACCUGGGCGGCUUGGUGUUGCAGCAGAGGGUGCGCGACUGCCCGGUGCGCAUGUUCCGUUUCCCGCGAGGCACGGUGCUGGAGCCGCAGCACCACCUCACGGUGUGGGGCGAAGGCACUGGCGGCGUCCAGCAGCAUCAGCCCUUUUCCUCCGGCCAGGACCCCCUCCAAUUUCACUGCGGCCGGGGCUGCGUGACGCUCCUCCUGGACACCGAGGGCCAGGUCCUCAGUGAGUACCAGGCACCACUCCGUGUGACCUCCGGCUCGAGCGUCUUCGCGGACAACACCGACUGGUCCAUUGACCGCUUCCCGCUCCCCGAGGCCGGGGCUGGAGCUGACGCCGGGGAGCCCCAGCGCCGACCUCGGCCCCCGAGCCAGGGCCGGGUGCAGGAGACCAGAGCCGGGCGCCGGAGGCGGGGGACGCGGCGCCUCAGGCCACUCCUGAGUCCCCAGAAGCCUGUCCACCCGCGGGAAGAGCCAACGCGGCUCGAGGGAGCCAAGCCCCCGACGAUGCCAGACCCCCUGCCUGCCAUCCCGGAGACGGCGCGGGACCUGGAGCGCGGCGUGCCCGGGCGGGAGCGCAGGGUCUGCGUGAGUGCGCGCCCCGACCCUAGCCCUGGCUCGCCCCACCCGCCCGCAGUGCCGCGGGCCAGCGCACUCAGGGCUUGGCUGCCCCACGCAGGUGUGUCGGAGGGGCGUGGACCGGGGCUGCCCCAUGGUGGCGCUGUCGGUGCAGAGCACGGCGGAGAGCCGGUUCGGCUUCCGCUUCCUCUGCUGCCCGCCCAUAACCGCGGAUGCGCACCAGUGCCUGCGGCGGGCGUAGACCACCCAGGGAUCCGGCUGCAUCAUUUAUUGACCAACGUGGUCCGCAAAGUAAACCGCAUUCUGCACCCGAGAGUUGAAAUGAUUCACCUGGUUGCUGGGGCACCUGCCCCAAGAGGAGGAACAGCACCCUGCCCUUGCGUGGGGAGCCCUACAUAUCCACCAGGAUGGGAGGCCAGGUGGGAUUAGCGGCUUGGAACCUGGGC